AAAUAGCACAUGAUAGCGAGAACUGAGAAUAUGGAUUAAAACGAAAAUCAAAAUCAGCCUCACCAAACACGUGAAAAUCGUAAACAAAGUGCCGGGUUAAGGUACAGUUUUUGUUAGACCGGAAAUUAGAGUUUCUCAACGUUCUAGUUUUACAAGUUAAGAAAAUAAUGGAAAAUUUAUCAGCAAAACCACGACUCUAUCUAGAGGAGCACAAACUCAAGCAGGAUGCUAACGAUUAUGGUUUGUCGGAUGAAUUUUGGGAUUUUCAGCGUUUCAAGCAGCAGCUACAGGUUGUGAUUGUCCGCUAUGAUGAAAAUGAAUUGGAAUUCGAUAUGAUCGGCGUGAGUCCAGCGAUUGCGAAUGCAUUCCGUCGUCUUAUGCUGAGUGAAGUGCCUAGCAUGGCCAUAGAGAAGGUGCACAUAUACAACAACACUUCGAUUAUUCAGGAUGAAGUUCUUGCCCAUCGAUUGGGAUUGAUACCACUGAAGGCCGAUCCACGUCUGUUUGAGUAUAAAACUAACGAAAAUGACCCAGCAAAUGCGUUGGAUACUUUGGAGUUUGAACUGAAAGUUAAAUGUACCAGAAAAAAUAAGGAAUCGACAGAUAUCACCAACAACGACAAUAUGUACAAAAAUCACAAUAUCUAUUCUGGCCAGAUCAAAUGGGUUCCAAUAGGAAAUCAAGCAUCGAUUUACAAAGAAUCCGAAGUAGGUCCCAUCGAUGACGAUAUACUGAUCAGUAAGAUGCGUCCUGGACAUGAGUUCGACAUAAAAUUGUUUGCCGUGAAAGGAAUUGGUAAGGAUCAUGCCAAAUUUUCGCCAGUGGCGACUGCUUCCUAUAGACUGUUGCCAGAAGUUCAUCUAAAUCGACCGGUUAUUGGAAGGGAUGCCCUGUUGCUGCAGAAAUGCUUUUCCCCGGGGGUGAUAGGAAUCGACAAGGAUGAGCAAGCUUACGUGAAAGAUGCUCGAUAUGACAGUUGCAGCCGAAAUGUGUAUCGAUACCCACAGAUUGCGGAUGCUGUGACGCUCAGCCGAGUGCGGAAUCACUUCAUAUUUACUGUGGAAUCGCUAGGAGCCCUGAAACCGGAUGUGAUUUUUGUAGAAGCUGCCAAGGUACUGAAAAAGAAGUGCAAGGUUUUUCUGGAUGAAAUAAAAGGUAAUUAAAGUGUUCGCUUUGCCCGUGAAA